AUGACACAAUAUUGGCAUGAUGAUUUUUAUGCAUCCUCAGAAAUCUGCAGUGGAAACGAGUAUACUGUUACUGAUGCAGAUGGUAAAGUCACAUGCCAGUCAUGUGCUAGAUGUCAUGAAGGAUAUGGAUUGGAGCCAAAAUGUGGCAGCACUGUUCAAAGCCCAGUUGAAAACGUUUCCUGUGAACGAUGCUCUAAUGGAACAUUUUCCAACAAAUACGACUCUGGGCCGUGUUAUAAGUGUCAGGUUUGUGAUGAACACCAGGUUGUGAUAUCGUACUGCAAUAGCCAGGCAGACACAAAUUGCAGUCAAACUUGCGACAGUGGCUAUUAUUUUGCUAGGGAUAUAUCGCAGUCCUGUCACAAAUGCUCCUAUUGUUGUGAUGAUGAAAAAGAUGAAGAACAACCUGAAUGUGUCAGGCAAGGUCUUAAAAAGAGUAAUCAACAUUGCAGUCAUCGAGUUGAUAAGAACUGUGCUCCAGAUCUGCCCACAGACAUUUCUUCACCAUCCAGCAGUAAUGGAAAAAAGCAACUGGACUUAGGAAAGACACUUGCUAUAAUUUUUGGUACGCUCGUUGGUGUUCUUGUUGUUGUUCUUGUUGUCUGUGCAAUAUGGAAAAGAAGACAGAGCAGUGAUCAAAGGCAGAUCUCAGAAAAUGAUGCUCCAAUGAUAGUUGUUGAUGAUGCAAACAAUGUGACAACUUCUACAUGUACAUCACAAGAACAAAAUGGGAACAUUGUCAGUCAAGCAUCAGCAUUACACUCACCUACCAUUGUUUCAACACAUCAGCCAACUGCAGUUUCCAGACUUAUUAACGAAGGCUUUGUUCCAUCCAAUCCUGGAACUCCUCGAGUGUCUCCUGAUGUGACCCCUCAUCACACCGAUGAUGAAUUGGAUCCAGUGUCUGAUCAUUCUAACAAGCCCCGUAAAUUUACACGGCCAAAAAAACAUGAUUCUCGCACCGGCAAGGGGCAAAUAAAAAUUGUGCAACAGCCUAAAUCUCAGAACCAGAUUGAAGGCUCAAGGGUUGAGUUCUCCUGUGAAUGUCAGGUGCAGAGAGACUGUCAAGUCUGGUAUCAAUGGCUCAAAGAUGGCACAGAAUUUCAGCAGCAAAACAAUGCCAGUCUUGUCCUGGAUUCUGUUGAGAUGCGUGAUUUUGGAUGCUAUAGAUGUUCUGUACAAGUAACUCACAAAGGAGGUCACAGAGAAGCUGUCAUGUCAGAACCAGCAUUUUUGGAGGUUGCCCCUUGUGAAGGAAAGAGUAAGUGAUGUUUUUUGAUGGCAUAUCGAAUUUAGUUUGUCUUAAUCUGACUUGCUCUGAUAGCUGGGGAGUGGCUACAGCACUAGGCAUCGGGUUCUUUUAUGUUGCAAAAUGAAUUGGUGACCAAACCCUCUUUUGUUUGUGGUCAUUUAAGCUUCAUGGAGGUUAACCAUAAUUUAUCAUGUAAAGACAUCACAGGGAAAGCAGGAGUUUUAUUCUGACUUAUUCGACCAGGAAUGAAACUCAUACCUCACCUGGGUCUACUGAGCUGAUACCCUAUCAACUCUAAACUAACCGGAGAUUGCUUGCAGGGGCAGAUCCUGGAUUUUAAUAACAAUAACAAUAACA